UCUAUAUAUACAUACACCUGACCUACUUAUAAGUUACCUACCCUUUUUAUCUUAUAUAUAUAUAUAUAUAUAUAUUGUCUCAAACUCAAAUUAAGCAUUACAGGGGGCUUUGAAUAUUAAUUAAUUAUGGGAGAGGAAUUAGAACAGAAAAAAGUGCUAGUAGAACCACCGCCCACGACCCAAGCCGGCCAUGAAACUUCCAAAGAAGACGCAGCCGCCGCCGUAAAUGAGGAGAAAACAAUAUUAACGAUUGUUGAUAGUUCUAAAUCUGAUCAUCUACAAAAAAUUGUAGAUGACGCCGCAGUCACUGGAGAUGAGCGAAAAACUCAAGGUUCUAUCGGCCGAGAUGCUGAGCUUGCAAGAGUUGCAAACGAGAAGAGACAGUCCUUAAUCAAAGCAUGGGAAGAAAGCGAGAAAUCAAAAGCAGAGAACAAAGCACAAAAGAAGUUGUCUGCAAUUUCUGCUUGGGAGAACACGAGGAAAGCGACCGUGGAAGCUGAUUUGAAAAAGAUUGAGGAGGAAAUGGAGAAAAAGAAGGCGGAUAACAUAGAGAAAAUGAAGAACAAGAUAGCAAUGAUUCACAAGGAAGCCGAAGAGAAGAGGGCGCUGAUCGAAGCGAAACGGGCUGGAGACUUUCUCAAGGCGGAGGAACUGUCCGCCAAGUAUAGAGCCACCGGAGGCCCUCCCAAGAAGCUCAUCGGCUGCCUCCCAUAAAUAAUUAAUACUACCCAGCCCUACUCUUUAUUGUUAUAUAAUUAUAUGCAUCCAUCUCAUUAUUGUUAAUUAUUAUUUUGUAAUAUUAUUUUUAUUAAUUAAGAAAAUCGA